AUGAGGGAGAAACUUCUGGGAGAGAUGAUCGUGAAGAAGGUGAUAGAGGCGGAGGCGAUCUGCUCAGGGGACGGGGCGUCAGAUGAGUGCGAGGUGGCGUGGGACGAGGUCGAGGAGGUGAGCCGGGCCAAGGCGGAGCUCCGCCGUCCUCUCACCGGGAGCGAACGAGAUCCGCUGGACUCCUGCCAGCAUAACCCCGAGGCGGAGGAGUGCCGCGUCUACGAAGACUGA